AUGCCGUACCCUCUCCCCAAGGUGAAGCGCAUGUGCGGGGACAAGACGGACAAGUACACGCUGGGCGCCUGCACCGUGCGCUGGGCGUACAUCCUCUGCAUCAUCGGCAUCCUCGACGCCCUCAUCCUCUCCUUCCUGGCCUUUGUCUUGGGGAACCGGCAGGACAACCUCCUCCCGUCCGAUUUUAAAGUGGAAAAUAAAGAAGAGGGCAACGACUGA